GGCGCCGCCGCUGCAGUGAUAGCGGAGGGGGGAGCGGCCGCCAUCUUAGCCGUUGGUGGAGAAGAAGAAGAAGGAGGAGAAGGAGGAGAAGGAGAGGCGGGAGGCCGGAGCAGAUUUGACCCAAGCACCAUGAAAAAAGAAGUGUAAGAUAUCAUCAUGAUUGGAGGCCUAUUCAUUUAUAACCAUAAGGGAGAGGUUUUAAUCUCUCGAGUCUACAGAGAUGACAUUGGGCGGAAUGCAGUGGAUGCCUUCCGAGUCAAUGUCAUCCAUGCGCGGCAACAGGUGCGCUCACCUGUCACCAACAUUGCCCGAACCAGUUUCUUCCAUGUCAAACGUUCCAAUAUCUGGCUGGCUGCUGUCACCAAGCAAAAUGUCAACGCUGCCAUGGUUUUUGAGUUCCUCUACAAGAUGUGUGAUGUGAUGACUGCCUAUUUUGGAAAGAUCAGUGAAGAGAACAUCAAGAACAACUUUGUGCUCAUCUACGAGCUUCUGGAUGAAAUCCUGGACUUUGGUUACCCUCAGAAUUCCGAGACAGGAGCGCUGAAAACAUUCAUCACCCAGCAAGGAAUCAAGAGCCAGACUAAGGAAGAACAGUCUCAGAUUACUAGCCAAGUGACUGGUCAGAUCGGUUGGAGGCGUGAAGGCAUAAAAUACCGCCGCAAUGAACUUUUCCUGGAUGUCCUCGAAAGUGUGAACUUGCUAAUGUCACCACAAGGUCAGGUAUUGAGUGCCCAUGUCUCUGGCAGGGUAGUGAUGAAGAGCUAUCUCAGUGGGAUGCCAGAGUGCAAGUUUGGCAUGAAUGACAAAAUUGUCAUUGAGAAACAAGGCAAAGGGACUGCAGAUGAAACAGGGAAAAGUGGGAAACAGUCAAUUGCUAUUGAUGACUGCACCUUCCAUCAGUGUGUGAGGCUCAGCAAGUUUGACUCGGAGCGGAGUAUUAGCUUCAUACCUCCCGAUGGAGAGUUCGAACUAAUGAGGUACCGAACCACUAAGGACAUUAUCCUGCCCUUCCGAGUGAUCCCCCUGGUACGGGAAGUGGGCCGCACCAAGCUGGAGGUGAAAGUGGUGAUCAAGUCCAACUUCAAGCCUUCGCUCUUGGCUCAGAAGAUAGAGGUGCGAAUCCCAACCCCCCUGAACACCAGUGGAGUGCAAGUCAUCUGCAUGAAAGGGAAGGCGAAAUACAAGGCCAGCGAGAACGCCAUUGUCUGGAAAAUUAAACGCAUGGCUGGAAUGAAGGAGUCCCAGAUCAGCGCCGAAAUUGAACUGCUUCCAACCAAUGACAAGAAAAAAUGGGCUCGGCCACCGAUCUCCAUGAACUUUGAGGUCCCAUUUGCACCCUCAGGGCUGAAGGUCCGCUACCUGAAAGUCUUUGAGCCAAAGCUGAACUAUAGUGACCAUGAUGUGAUCAAAUGGGUGAGGUAUAUUGGCAGGAGCGGGAUCUACGAGACGAGGUGCUAGCCCUCUGCAGCCGGUUGGUUGGCUCCCUCCACCUCCUCCUCCUCCCAGCCUCCCUCGGUCUCAAAAGUACAGCUGAAGAGCAUUUCGUGGCCCCUCCUCCGUACAGAGGCUGGAAGCUGGACUCCUGCAGCUCCUCCCUGAAAAAAGGACCCUGGCAUCUGCUUUGGUUUCAGUUACUUAUUGGAGUUGCAGCUGAAGCCAGGUGCCUCUUGCUUCUGUCCCGGGUAUAAAAGGGCCCGCCUAACCAACUCCCCUUUGUGGUCAUUCUAGGGAACAUCCACCCUGUGAUAACCCCCUCCCCAACUCUUCUGUUGUCACUACUUGCAUCAUAUCCUAGUAUUUCUGGAAGUUCUUGUGCACAUGUACUAGUAGAAUAGACCUCAGAACCAUAGGCUGGACAAACCUUGAGUUAAUUCUGGCUCCUGUACAUGCUGUUGCUGUUGUGAUUGUUGCUAUGCAGCAAGAGUGAGGCUCACCAUUCUCCCACAGCCCCAUUUCCUUUGGUUUUCUCCCCCUCCUUAACAUGGAACCCUACUCUGGGAAGGUUAGUGACCAAAAAGACCAAGUGUUGGCUUCUCCUCUUUGGUCCGGGGAUGGUAGCACAACACUUCACGGCCUUGGAGGGCAUGGUCCUUUGAGCACUGAGAAAACCCCUUCCUCCCAUCUUCAGCCCACCCCAAACCACGAAAACCCAAACGUGACAGCCACUUGAAAGCAAAUUGACCUUGUCAGUGCACUGCACAGGAAUAGUUGUCUCAUUUGGCCAGUAAAUCAUUCCUCUCCUGCAUUCUUUUCUCCACCUCUUAACCUCUUCUUUUGCCCAGUCACACUUAAUGCUUUGUUCUACCAAAAGCUUUUGAUUGGAUCAAUAGAAAUGCUGCUGCAGCCCACAAUCUUUUGCUUCUGAUAGUGUGGUCUCCCAUUUUGUACACUUGUGAUUUGUCCAGUUCUAAACCCAAUAAAAUAUGUAGAACCA